AUGUUCCGCUCGCUCCUCCUCCUCGCCCUCACCCAGGGCAUCUUCGCCCUACCUGCCGCAGAGCCCAGCUGCCCCAUCGUCUUCGACGGCCGCGUCCCCAAGGAUGCCUCCCUGACCGACUUCGACGCCAACAAUGGCGGCGGCUGGAUGCCCUUCAACCCGGGCUACGUCAAGGGCGAGACCCUCAAGUGGAGCGAGAUCCUCAAGCUCCCCGAAGUCGCCGAGGCUUCCCGCUUCGACUCAGACUCCGGCACGGUCCCCCUCGAGGUCACACUGUCCGACAAGUCCAUCUUCAUGACCCAGAACGGGUUCCGCCGCGCCGGGCUCCAGUUCCUCAAGGACAGCAAUGAGGGAAGCCCCGCUUCCAAGGGAAAGAAGACGAUUCACUUUAGCUUGAGGACGGAUCCGCAGAGGGCGUUGAAUCUUACGCAUGAGUAUAUUCUCGUGUGGCAUGAGACGGCGGCGUAUGAUGCAAACCAGUUUAAUUUCCAGACUGGGACUAUCCUGGGCCAGACUGGGCUGCCGCGUGAUACGUAUAAGUUGUUGGAUCGAAAUAAUAAGCAGCUUUGGUCGACUCCUAUUAAGAGCGAUACUUGGCAGAACUUUGGCAUUACCGUUGACUACACCGGAAACACCCUCCAAGUAUGGUACUCGGAAGGCGACGAGGAACUCGCCAAGGCAACCGACCCCAUCAACAACAACAACGCCGGCGAAGGCCAGUACCAGGUCGGCAUGCUCAAGAAGCCCACCGGAACCAGCGACGUCGUCAACUCGGGUUACCAGGAGAGCGGUCUGGACGAGGGUCUCAUCUACGGCGGCAUCUUUAUCGAGGAUAGUAGUGCCGACACCUGCGUCUCGAAAUAG